UGCUAGCUAUAUAAUGACUAUUUUUAUUUCAAUAGUUAUGCAGAAGUGGGUGCUGACUUACUUUUGUGGUUGUGAUGUUCGAAAUAUGAGCUGAAAUUCAGUUUCAUUUAUCAAGUUGUCAUGGACUGGCAUAUUCUACUGGGGUUUAGUUCUAUGAUUGCGACCUUAAGUGAAAACUAUACUGCUGCCCAAACAGCAUGUAAGUCGAUCACAUCAAAGAAAGACUUUGGGUCAGAAUGUAACGUCAGUACUGACUGCAUCACUGGCAUUUGCACCAACAAAACAUGUACCUGUCAGCAAAAUUUCUUUUACGAUAAUUGCAGUCAAACUUGUAUCAAAAAUUGCAACAAUACUUUGCAAUAUACAGCAUCUUCUAACAUGGUUACUGGCCUUAUAGUCAGUGCCGAUGCUGUUAAUCCUCCUGGAACAAAAUGUUUUUGGGAAAUCUCUAGUUGGAGUGGAUCAUAUCUAACCCUCAUCAUUGACUACAUAGAUAUGGACCCUGCUAAAAGUGACAUCAAUUGGGUGAAUGUACUGUCCUCAAGAGCACAGUUACUUAUUCAGUAUGACUCGCUGAAAAGUAAUUUCAUCAGAACAAUGUCGACAGAAUCUAGUUGGUUGAGAGUCUACUAUAGCACGACAUUCUCAGGAUACAAAGGAUUUAGAGCUUCGUAUUAUAUAUAUGACUUUAACUCAGUUUUAACCAGUCCUUCUGGCUACAUUGUUAGCCCUGGCUAUCCGAGGUUAAAUCCUACUGACCGCAGAUAUACUUGGCUUAUUACUGGCAAGAGCGGACAGUUAGUGACUUUAAGGUUUAAAAGCAGAGUUAUUGAUUGCCCUGGUGAUUUUCUGAACAUUUAUGACGGAAUUCAUACUAGGGAUCCCCUUAUUGCAACUUUGUGUAACGGAAACUCUACAUUGACCAUUACAUCUACUACUCCAAACCUGUUAAUUUAUUAUCAGAACGAUAACUAUGAAUCUUGGGGAGUAGGUUUUGUGGCAUAUUAUUACAUUCACGGACAAUAUGGAGACUAUUGUAACAGCUCAGACCAGUGCCCACUGGGAUUUGUCUGUAAUAAUUCAAGGAAAUGUGACUGCUUGAAUAGUGAAAAGUAUGACCCAAAGUAUAAAAUUUGCAAGAACGAACGAGUUUUUGGAGACACCUGCAGCAACACAAACUUAUGUUCCAAUGGUUUAGUCUGUGUUAAUGACAAGUGUGAUUGUUCAGCCAAUAUGUAUUAUAACACAUCCUUGAAGAAUUGCAUUAGUGGACAAUAUGGAGACUAUUGUAACAGCUCAGACCAGUGCUCAUUAGGACUUGUCUGUAAUGAUUCAAGGAAAUGUGACUGCUUGAAUAGUGAAGAGUAUGACCCAAAGUACAAAAUUUGCAAGAACGAAAAUUGUUCUCAUGAAAACAACACAAGAACAAGUACAAGAGACCAGUACAACUACACCUAUAUAUCGGUAGCUGCUGUAGGCUGGGUAUUUGUUCUGGCCUAUACCAUUGUUAUAGUUGUCAUGUAUGUCAGACACCGUACACUUGAAAUGGAAACAAAAAGUUUGAAUGAUACCAUUGAAGAAUAUAAAGCGAACAGACCUUUACCUUUGCCCCACGAAUUUGAAUAUGGUGCCUAUCAUGUUUAUGCAGAAACAUCGAAACCUAUAAAAAACGAAAGUUCAGACCAGACCAACGUCAACCAAAGACUGAGCUCUGUUGAUUACAUGUAUAUAGAGCCUGAUUUAGAAAAAGAAAAAAUAUAUGAUUCUUCAGGAUCUUCUACUGAUUGUGGAAGAGUACUAGGCAUGUACAACUCGAUAAAAUAAACAAUUCCUUAAGAUUAUAAUAUUCACAAUUGAAUCGGUUUAAUACAUUUACAUACUACAUAAGGCUUUUUUUUAUUGUAGAACUAUAUAAGUAUCUUCCAAUGUAUUAAUUUUUUUUAAAAUAACCGAUUCACAAAAUAGCCGCAGACUUUUGUACAUUGAAACUUUUUUAAAAUGUAAUAAUAAAAAUAAAACUAAGUUGAGGCUGAUUGUUACUGAUUUCCAGAAUAAUCAUGUAUGGACAUCCAGGUAAGAUGCAGAGAUUUAUAAAUUGACAUUUCAUUAUUAACAUUUAGCUAUAAACAUUUUUUUUUCUGUUCAAAGCGUUUUCACUUACAAAUUUAAAGCUAUAGAUAUUUUUAAUAUCAUUUUUUCUGCUUUAUAUAUGUUAUGCAAAAUACUGUUUUUCUUUAGUGUGCAAGUAUUUAGGCACGACUUACUAGAUAUGUAUAUUUACUUUACAGUUAUUUAAUUUUUACAAAGCUUAUAUCAACUUACUCUGUCUGACGAUCUGUUAAAAAGUUUGUACACGUGAUUUUCCCAUACCCAAAAUCGGAUCAGGCUGAAAUUUUGCUUUUUUUUUUCUUUCGCAUGAAAACGCAAGAAUCAAUCAUUU